GCCUCGCCUCUCCCCCGUCGGCCGUCGCCGUCGCUCGCCGGAGAAGGAUCGCCUCGCCUCGCCGGAGAGACCCCUCUCUUCCUCCCGCGCGUCCGCUCUUCUGGUUUUCCCCCCGGAAGUGUGGUGUGCUGCUUCCAAAAGACCAAAAUUCCUCUAGCGUUUCAGGACACUGUUUGCUCUGCACAACUUGAUAGUUGAUAAACAUCUCCUGUGCUUCCUAGAAGACGUAGAAACUACAAUAUGCUUGAAGCACAUCGGAAGCUGGGUAGUUGAUAUUUGUUUCCUCUGACUAACUACAAUCCUGAUUCUGCUUCACUCUGCAAAAAGAACAAGCCAUGACUUCUCUAGUCCAUGAUGUUUCAGGUGCACUGUAGACUCCAUGGCUGGUGUAUUGUGCACGUAUCACGGUUAUGGAUUAGCCCAAGAAAACAGUGGCAUUUGUGCCAUGAAUUAGUAUUAGGAAAUACCAGGUCUAGAAGGUAAUUUUUGUACCCUCGCUGGGAUGCACUUGCCAUUAGUAUUGACAAACAUCAGCCGCAGCCUGUCAUGCCACAACUUUAUAGCUGAUCAGAUUAUGGAAAUAUUAGGUGUUCAUCCAACAACCAUGGAGCUGAUGAGCGGCAAAAACAGCUGAGGCAAGGUGAACCUGAGGACCAGCAAGAAACCUCGGCUACUAGUACAGGUAGCCAGACAAUGGUAGCAACGCCUCCGACAGAUUAUGCGACACCCUAUGCUCAUCUGGAUAUGGCCCAUGCAAUGCAGGGUCAAAUUGCUUACCCAAAUAUUGAUCCAUAUUACGGAAGCCUUUAUGCAGCUUAUGGUGGACAGCCUAUGAUGCAUCCACCAUUGGUCGGGAUGCAUCCAGCUGGACUACCACUGCCUACUGAUGCAAUUGAAGAACCUGUCUAUGUGAAUGCAAAGCAAUAUAAUGCCAUAUUAAGGCGUCGCCAAUCUCGAGCCAAAGCUGAGUCUGAAAAGAAGCUUGUCAAGGGCCGUAAGCCUUAUCUCCAUGAGUCACGACAUCAACAUGCCCUGAAAAGGGCUAGGGGAGCUGGAGGCCGAUUUCUUAAUUCCAAGUCAGAUGACAAGGGAGAGCAUUCCGAUUCCAGUUCCAAAGAUAAUCAGGAUGGAGUUGCACCCCGCGAUAGCAGCCAACCGUCUAGUUCUCUGUCUCCGAAGGGUGCAUCUUCAGCUAAUCAAAAUAAGAAGUCAAAAACCUGCAACUAAAAGGAUUAAUAAGCACCUGGUGUGAAACAUGGCAAUAGGUUUUGUACAGUACAAGCUAGUGAUCGACAAAGAAUGGUGCCAUUGGUUGUUGUAGGAUAUGCUCCGUAGAGAAUAUAGACAGGGAAACAGAUUUUUGCAGCCUUUGGUUUCAGUCUGCUCAGUUUCUUUACCUUCUUGUACAAUGAGUAGUUUCGUCAGUUGUGCUUUGUCAUGGGAUAGCUGCAGUUUUUCAGUGAAGUCUUGUAGUCUUAAAAGAAUUACUUAACUUGACCAUUGUUUGCUUUGGA